UCUCAAAAGCAGCCCUGCGUGCUUUGAAGGCGUAUGUACCAAUAAUUUCAUCCCUGGCAUAUUCAUCCCCGAGGAAGGCAGUCGACAAAUUCACCCAAGACAUUUUUUGACGAAAUAGUUAUGUACCAUAGGGAGUUUACAUGAUUUAACUUUCACAGGCGAUUAGUUGAAUCAAAAGUUGAACGAAAGUAGAGGCAGCUGGCCAACUUCAUUAAAAGCGAUUAGUUGAAAGGCCGUUUACACUAGGCGAAUAUUGCUUUCAGCUAAAAGUUGCCAGAAAAACGCCUCAUGUAAAUUCCCUAUUACUGCCAUGGCAAAUAUCAUUGAUAAGGUUAGAGUUCUUUUGGUGGGAGAUUCAGGGGUUGGAAAGACUUGCCUUACACAUUUGAUAACGCACAAAGAGUCGCUCUCUCGUCCAGGGUGGACCGUUGGAUGUAAUAUAGAAGUCAAGUUACACGAAUACAAGGAAGGAACUCCUCAACAACAGUUGUAUUUCAUUGAAUUUUUUGAUAUUGGUGGGUCAUUAAGCCAUAGGAAUACUCGUGGUGUCUUUUAUGCACCAAUACACGGCAUUAUUCUCGUUCACGACCUUACAAAUCGCAAAAGUCAAGAAAAUUUGCGCGAAUGGCUCUACGAAAUUCUCAACAAAGAAGGAAAAGAUGUAAGAAAUAGUAGUGGCGACUGCAGUUUUGAUCCGGAGCAAUUUUUAGGUUCGACUCAACUCCCUUUGUUGGUAAUGGGUGCCAAGUUGGAUCUUUUAGAUGAAAGACGUCAGCCAAAACCACUAAAAAAAAUUGGUAGCAUAGCAGAACAGUGUGGAGCGGAGGAAAUCUGGUUGAAUUGUAGAGAUCCCCGUAGUUUGUCUGCUGGAACAACAGAUGCUGUGAAAUUGUCUCGGUUCUUUGAUCGAGUAAUUGAGAAAAAAAAUCAGUCGCGCGACUCCUCUACGUCAUUCGCGGAUAAAAGAAAGUGUACAAGUACUUUCAAUGCCAACACGGAAACAACGACAAAAUUAAUCACAUUACUGCGCUGAAUAUGCUAAUAUGAGAACAAAUGCAGAAUACCUACAAUUCUCAAUUUAAAAAGAGAGGAUCCAUAUAGACCUCAGCUCAAUGAACAUAACGGUAUAUUUUUUUUGGGAAACAAAUACAAGAAUUAUUAAAGGUCAAGGUUCAAAUAA